AUGGUCCCUGGGUGCCCAAAGUCUCAGGUAUCCCCUGGGGUGCCUAAAGUCAGUGUCCCCUGGGGUGCCCAAAGUCCAGGUAACCCUCAAAAGCCCAAAAACUCAGGGGUCCCCAAAGCCCAGUUCAGUGUCCUGGGUGCCAAAGUCAGGGUCCCAAUAAAGUCUGUGCAGUCCCCAAAACAGUCCAGUGGUCCCCUGGGCCACCACCCAAGUGCCCAAAGUUCAGGUGGUCCUGGGGUGCCUAAACACCCAAACCAAAGCCAGUUGGUCCCCCUGGGGCCCAAAGUCCAGGGUCCAACCUCAGUGCCAAGUUCAGGUGGUCCCCAAAAUGCAGCCAGUGCCUCCAAAAGCUCAGGUGCAGAUCCCCUGGGCCAAACCCAGGACCAAAAUGGUGCCACCCCAAAAGUCUCAGGUGGUCCCCAAAAUGGAACAGGUCCCCCAAACCAGUCCAUGGUCCCCCUGGGGCAGUCCAGUGGUCCCCAAAUCCCCAAAGCCCAGUCCAGGUCCCGCGCCCAAAACAAGUUCAGUGGGUCCCCUGGGGUGCCCAAAGUUCAGGUGGUCCCCAGCCAAGUCCAGGUGGUCCCCUGUGCCUAA